UACGUUUUCAUAAUACGAUAAGAUAAGAUAACGUUUCUGUCACGUGGCAUUUUCAUUGUGGUCAAGUAUCGAGAUAAGGGUAUCAACACCGUUCAUAAUCCUGUGGCUGUUAACGACGAUAUCAUGAAAUAUCCAUAAGGGUUCUCACUCUAUAUAGAUGACCAAAGCAAUAGACUAACAGUAAGAGUUAAGAGAAGGAAGAAGAAGUAGUCAUGGCUUACUCUAUGCUCUCCUCCGCCGCUGUUGUUACCUCCCCGGCUCAAGCCACCAUGGUCGCUCCAUUCACCGGCUUGAAGUCUUCCUCUGCAUUCCCAGUCACCCGCAAGGCCAACAACGACAUUACCUCCAUCGUUAGCAACGGAGGAAGAGUUAGCUGCAUGAAGGUGUGGCCACCAGUUGGAAAGAAGAAGUUUGAGACCCUCUCUUACCUUCCUGACCUUACCGAAGUUGAAUUGGGUAAGGAAGUUGACUACCUUCUCCGCAACAAGUGGAUUCCUUGUGUUGAAUUCGAGUUGGAGCACGGAUUUGUUUACCGUGAGCACGGAAGCACCCCCGGAUACUACGAUGGACGUUACUGGACAAUGUGGAAGCUUCCCUUGUUCGGAUGCACCGACUCUGCUCAAGUGUUGAAGGAAGUCCAAGAGUGCAAAACGGAGUACCCUAACGCCUUCAUCAGGAUCAUCGGAUUCGACAACAACCGUCAAGUCCAGUGCAUCAGUUUCAUCGCCUACAAGCCACCAAGCUUCACCGGUGCUUAAUUCGCUUUCAUAUAAUAAUAUCUUCUCAUUUCAUUUCCAAUAAGUCUGUUUCUUUUUUUCUCUUUGGAUUUCUGUUACGAGACUUUCUAUAUCGGAUUGUAAAAUGUCUGAUUUUAUGAACAUGUAAUUUCUAUA